CCUCACCGGAGGAACGCUGCCUGCGGGGGCGUGACGUCAACGCGUAUCCUAACCUUGCUCUCAUCUCUAGGAAAACAGCUGGGAACGGGGGUGGGGCUAGGAGGAAACAGUUGAUGCUCUGCAGUAACUUCCUAAGAGUCCAGAGAAGGGCGGUACUUCCAGGACCGGUGAUAAGUUUGGAGGUGGGUGGAAGCCAAGUGGCAGGGAAAUUGCACCACUCUUGAGCCAGGAUAGGCAAGCUUGACAGCCGGGCAUGCCAAUAGCAGUGAAGCCACUGGGAGUUUGGGCGGGCCAAGCUGGAGACCACAGACUACAGAUGCAGUUCUAAGGACAGCUUAUAUUAGACAUGGACUGCUCACAGAAUUCUCUUCGAUGGGCCAUGUGUAAUGGAAUUCCACCUGAUAAGAAAAGCAACUCUCUUGUGGCUGAAGAACAUGGGCAGAAAAUCUUAAAUGUGCUGCAGAAUUUUAGAGAGAAAAAUGUCUUUUAUGAUUUUAAGAUAAUUGUAAAAGAUGAAAUAAUCCCUUGCCAUCGUUGUGUAUUAGCAGCAUGCAGUGACUUUUUCAGGGCUAUGUUUGAAGUAAACAUGAAAGAACGAGAUGAUGGAAGUGUUACCAUUAGUAAUUUGUCCCCCAAAGCAGUGAAAGCUUUUCUUGAUUAUGCCUAUACUGGAAAAACAGAAAUAACAGAUGACAAUGUGGAAAUGUUCUUCCAGUUGUCAUCCUUUCUUCAAGUUUCAUUCCUUUCCAAAGCUUGCAGUGAUUUUUUAAUAAAAAGUAUUGAUCUUGUCAAUUGUUUACAGUUGUUAUCAAUAUCAGAUAGCUAUGGUGCUUCCCAUUUGUUUGACCAUGCACUCAAAUUUGUACAGCAUCACUUUUCUCUGCUACUCAAAUCCACAGACUUUUUAGAGAUAAAUUUUGGAGUAUUACAAAAAUGUUUGGAAGCAGAUGAAUUAAAUGUCCCUGAAGAAGAAUCUGUGUUGAAAGCAGUUCUUAAUUGGACCAAACAUAAUUUGGAAUCAAGACAAAAGUAUCUGGCUCAUUUGAUGAAAAAGGUACGCUUACAUCAGUUAUCUGAGGAGACUCUUCAGGACUGCCUGCUCUCUGAAGAUCAUUUACUUAAAAGCACUAAGUGUUUUGACAUAAUUAGGGAUGCAAUUAAAUGUGUGCAGCGUUCUAGUGGACUCUUCCCAGAUGCACGUCCAUCCACAACUGAAAAAUAUAUAUUUGUUCAUAAAACUGAGGAAACAGGAGAAAACCAGCACACAUUUUGCUACAAUAUUAAAACAGAUAAAUGGAAAGUGCUGCCACAGACACACAUGAUUGAUUUGCCAGGUUCUAGUCUAUCUAGUUAUGGAGAGAAAAUAUUCAUGACGGGUGGUUGCAAAGGGAAAUGUUGCAGAACUGUCCGACUUCAUAUUGCCGAGUCAUAUCAUGAUGCCACUGACCAGACUUGGUGCUACUGCCCAGUCAAGAAUGACUUCUUCUUAGUAUCAGCAAUGAAAAAACCAAGAACCAUGCACACAUCAGUUGUGGCUCUCAAUAAAUUGUUUGUUAUAGGUGGAAAGACUAGAGGAGCUCGGGGAAUUAAAAGUCUUUUGGAUGUUGACUCCUAUAAUCCUCUUUCCAAAGAAUGGUUAUCAGUAAGCCAGUUACCUAGAGGAAUAUACUAUCCAGAAGCAAGUGCAUGCCAAAAUGUGAUUUAUGUUCUUGGAUCUGAAGUAGAGAUUACUGAUGCCUUUAACCCAUCUCUUGAUUGUUUUUUUAAAUAUAAUGUCACAUUUGAUCAGUGGUCUGAACUAGUAGCAGAAUUUGGCCAGUUUUUUCAUGCCACAUUAAUCAAGGCAGUGCCAGUAAAUUCCACACUGUACAUAUGUGACCUUUCUACCUAUAAAGUUUAUAGUUUUUGUCCAGAUACUUGUGUUUGGAAAGGAGAAGGAUCUUUUGAAUGUGCGGGAUUUAAUGCAGGUGCUGUUGGAAUUGAAGAUAAAAUUUACAUAUUAGGUGGUGAUUAUGCUCCAGAUGAAAUUACAGAUGAAGUACAGGUCUACCACAGCAACAGAUCUGAGUGGGAAGAAGUGUCACCGAUGCCAAAGGCAUUAACUGAAUUUUACUGCCAAGUGAUUCAGUUCAAUAAAUACAGGGACCCUUGGUUUUCUGCAUAUUUAUAUUAACAGCACGUAGAAGAAUCUCUUUAAAACUAUUUCAGUUCCAAAAGACAUUUACAGUAUACUCUGCUAUUUGGCAUUAUUGGAGAAAGUCUUGGACAUGCUUAAAAACUAUGGUUAACUGGGAGUUACCAUAUGAAUUCAUAAAGGUGUAUGGCAUUUAUAUGUACAUGCAUACAAGUACAUGUGUAUAUGUAUGUAUUACAUGCAUGCAGUGUAGUUAUAAGUUCUCUAAGAAUAUAGAAAACAGAAAAAAAAUUUAAUAGCAAAAUAUCGGGUGUGACCACAGACGAUCUACUUUGUUAUAGGGAGUUGAAAACUGUAUUGAUAGAAGUAGCAUCAACUCAGGGAAAUUAAAGAUUUUUGAGGUAGUGAAAAAAAAAUUAAAACAUUGCUUAUAAUAAUUUAAUCUUACUCUGAGGAUUCACGAGUCUGCUUGAAAGACUUUUAUGUAUACCAAAGUCUUCAGUUUGGAUAGUAUAAUGAUUUAAAUACUUAAUCUAUGGAAUUUUGUUUAAAGUAUAAUAAAAACCAAAGCUAAUGGACCUUGGUUAUUAGAAGAAAACAAACCAUCUAGGUAAUUUUAAAAACAGGUGAAAUGUAGUAUGAUGUUAUAUAAAAUAUAAAAAAGUGGCAUUGCUUAAAUUUCUGUCUUUUCCUUAGGAAAAAAGCAAGAAGGCUCUGGAGAGUCCCAGGGGAUUGGGGAUGGGAGGAGUGAAGAACAGUUAUUUUGGAUGUUUGUAAGGAAACAAUUCUAUAUGCUUCCUUUGGACUCCAAUGCUAUUGCCAUGAGAGAUUAUUUUAUGUGGUCAUAAACAGAGCUAAUUCAGAAUGAUGUCUGGUUAGUGAGUGAGAAUACUGAGUAAAAGAAUGUUUACUAUGUAAGCAUUUUAAUUUGCAGAGAUUGUGAUUAUUGAUAUAUAUUUAACAUUCUCAAUUUGGAAGCAAGGGAUUUUUUUAAAACAUCUACAUAGUUCUGUGGUUAUUACAUAUUUGAUUUGUACAUAGGAUCAUAGAUCUAGAGCUGACAGGAACCUUAAAGGCCAUCUAGUCUAGUUCCCUUAUUUUAUAAAUGAGGCUCAAAAAUGUGGUUACUUGUCCAAGGUCACACACACACAUUUUUUUAAUCAAAAUGUAUUUCAUUAGUUAUUUUACCAUGAAUUUUUGGUACCUAUUAGUUUUGAUUUUUCUUUUUAUUAUGAAUUUAAACAUGGAUAAUCAUGAACAUUUCAAUAUAUUAAAAAAAGCAGAUCCUAUAUAAAACUGUGAACUUGCUUUUUUAUUUUUUUCAAAAAUAUAUUUCCCAGGUGUUCAUUAUAGGGCCACCAAGUGGCAUAGUAGAUAGAUCAUCAGGUUUGGAGUCAGGAGGACCUAGGUUUAAAUUUGAACUCAGAUACUAAUAGCUAUGUGACUCUAGGCAAAUCACUUAGCCCCAUUUGCUUAGCCCUUGCCCUUCUGUCUUAAAGUUGUCAGUAAGACAGAAAGUACAGAUUUUUUUUAGAUUCAUUUUGUAAUGCAGAGCUAACAUUUAGUCCUUUAUUUAAAACUGACCAUGGAAUUUUGUUAAAAAAUUUACUUCAUAAAGUAUUUCACUCUUUGAUAGAACCUGAAAUAUUCUAUUUUAGUAAUAACUUCUUUUCCUAAUCAUGAUUAUCCAAAGCUUCCUGGGGGAUAGGGAUAUUUGUGCAUCCAAUAUUUGAAGUGCAUGAUUUUGCAAUGGGUUCAUAAAAUGUGUCAAAAUAUGCUACACAUGGCUCCUUCUUCCAAACUUAAUUUUCUUUAACAAUUGGAGCAAAGUGAAAUAGCAAGAAUAGGAUAGUUUGUUGCUUGAGUUUAGUAAUAAUUAUUUUAUAUAGUGCUUUUAAAGUUUACAAAGACUUCACAAUUCUAUUUCAUUUGAGCCUUAUAGAUAUUUUUUUUUGGAAAUAGAUUAAAUGACCCCUCCAACAUGCAGCUAGUAAUGUCAGUGACAGGAUUUGAGCUUGUCUUCCUGAAUCAAGAUCCAAUACUUUCCACUUGCUAUUUAAUUUAUCCAGUUUCCUGCAAAAGCUUAGAUAGUUUAUUUUAGUGAUCAUUCAGUUGAGGUUAAUGGAAAUUUUCCCUAGGCUUAACAUUGGUUGGAAAAUAAAUAUUGAAUGUAGCCUAGAAAAUAAACAAAAUCUCAGGUUCCCUUCCACCUUUAUCAAGAGGAGAUAUAUUUUAAAAUGAAGUACAAUGCCAUAUACCUCAUUUAACUAAUAUUAUUUGAGUUGUUUCUCAUAGGUAAAUUUUCUGGAUGAAUGAAAUAUUUAUUUCUUUAAGCACCAGAUUAUUUUUAUGUUAGCCUUCUUUAUAGAAAUCUUCCUAAAGUGUAUUACAUAUUUCCCAUAAUAUAUUACAUAUAUUAUGUCUUAAUCUCUCACUACUCUGAAUAUAAUCUUUUAUUGAUGACUUGAGGUACAGCAUUGGAGUCAGGCUGACUUUGGUUUGGGUCUUCUGACACGCUAAUUAUGUGACACUGGGCAACGAAGCAGGUAACCUCUGAGACAAAUCUUCUAAAAUAGAUUAAAGGUUGCAGAACACUUGUUGAUCUGGGUUGUCAGAGGAAGUUUCCUUACCGUGAAGUUUCCUAUGCAGUGAAAUUGUAGGUCCAAAUUUUUCUUGAGCUGUUGCCUCAGUGUCAUUGCUAUAAACUGUCCUAUGAGGGAAUGACACCUGGAUGAGUUACUGAAAUGUAUGGAAUGGUGCCAUACCCUUCCUUGCCUGUUAGCGAUGCUUUUUUCAGGGCUUCUGGUUCCAGUAGCCCUGGCCCUUGCAGUUUCUCACCUGCUGCCCGUGACUGAUCAAAGAUUGGUUUCGUUUCGGGUAUAAUUCUAAUGUACCCCUGCCUAAGGAUAGCUCUAUACCUCUCAUGGAGAAAAAGUGCAUGAGUUUUCUAUUAGCUAUUUUUCUUUAAGGAAAUUUGCUUGAUUCCCAGCUCUGCCUCUGGCUUGAAUGAGGUCCGCUCUCUGAAUAAGUAAGACAUUAAUGAAUUAGCAUUUCCUAAAAUUAUAAAUACUCUAAUUUGAACUUUGAUAAGAAGUUUCACAUCUUGAGAAUAACUAUGCUCCAUAUGGUAUUGUGAAUAUAAUUAUUCCUGUUAAUGACAAAGCAUGUUCAUUUGGCACUAGGUAAAACUAUAUAAUAUUGUUUUCUGGCCUAUUGUCUCACUAAUUCAUAUCACUGCUUCCUAGAGGAUCUAGGCUAAAAUAUAUAAACUAUUCAUUUCAACACAAAUGAGAAAAAUAAUUCAAAGGUACAAAUCCUAUUAGCCAUGAAUACGCACUUUCUUUUUGAUGUUUAAAUGAGAUAGUAGAUCUUAGAGUCAUUGACAUCUUCUGGCAUAGAGAAGUAAAAUGAAUUGCCUGUGGCCCAUAGCUAGUAAAUGUUUGAAAUAAAUUUGAAUCCAGGUCUUCCUAACUCCAAAUUCUAUGUCUGGUCCAUGACUUUAUUAUGUUGCUUCUCUAAGAGCAAAAUGCACACUCAGAAUUUGCAUGUCCUAUUGUGACUGAAUGUGGGCUUUUGUAUGUUGUGUGUUACACAAACUUUCAUGUAUAUAAUUAUGCAACUUCUUUCUAUAUAAGAAGGAAACUAUUUUGAUACAUGGCAGGAUUUUACACUUUAGAUUGCUAUCAUGUUAUAAUUUAUAUGUAUAGAAGAAGCAUGUGUCCUAUUUUUCUGUGCAAUUUAAAAUUUGAAUUCAACAAAGUCAAGGAUAUAAAGUAUGCAGAAUUUUACACAUUAAUAAAACUGGCUUGAGAGGC